AUGGAGAGAGCUGAGAAGGCAAAAGUAAGUUCAGUACGUCCUUUGGUGUAGUGGAAGUGUAUUGUGCAUUUAAGGGAGGUAACGUAAAUUUGAAAACAUCAAUUGAUAUAAGGUUCGGAAAUACCAUAUUGUUUAAGACUUACUUAUGCCACUGAUAUUAUUAUUGUAAAGGGAAUAAAGGGAGAUACAAAGAAUCAACCAAAUGAGGACACAGAAAUAAUCCCAUCUGGGGCUCAGAUUUUUUUCUGUGUCCUCUUAUGGUUGAUUCUUAUGAUCUCCCUUUAUUCCCUUUAUUUGAUUCUGUUUAAGACUUGCACAUAAAUUAAACUCAGAAGACGCGGAGUUUAUUACAAAAAGCACUGCACCAUCGUUAUUUAACUGUUUGAGCAGGGAGUCACCUUACUUCAUUGGAGUGGGGAGGAAAGGGAAUGUUGGGGGGGGGGGGCAGGAUAAUUUUGCCCGCAGAGAGGGUACCUGCUAUAACACUUACCAGUGGAAAUCAGUGAGGUAUGUAGGCUGAGGAAGUUUCGUUUACCUUCUGAUUUAAUCAAACUUUUCUAACAGGCGUCGAGAGGCCCUCUACACAAGGCUGCUAUCAGUGGACAAUACGAGAUGGUCAAAAUACUUAUUGAAAGUGGUGAAGAUGUAGAUCAAAGAGAUCAGGUUUUAGUCUACCCCAGUUUAUUUAAAUCCUCUGUUAAGCCCGACCUUCUGCGUUCGGUUUAUUAGCGAACUCUCGUAUUCUUUUCUCACCUUGGCUGCGCCAAUGCAACAGCCUACGAACAAGCUCUUGCGUUAGUUUUUGCGGUGGUUUCUCGAGGAAUUUCGUGCCAGUGGGAAAAUAGACCUUUUGCGGGUGGCUAGUCACCUGUUGAAAGGGCUGUGUCAAGACGCCAGAAACACACUAGCGAGAGUCAAGCAAAGAACUCGCAUAAGUUAAAAUGCCUUCAUUAGGUUAAUCUUGAUUGCCCUGGUGAAGUUGUCCACUGCGUGGUCAAGAACUCUGAUGAUGGCUUCCUCAUAGGUUGCGAAGCAUUAGUUACUUUUACCAACAUGCUACAGGCGAAUCUGCCACAUAUGCCUUCCAUUCUCUGAUCAAGCCAUUAAAAUAAACUCUCUGAAUAUUAAAAGAGCGUAGCAAUUUCAGUUAUCUGUGAAAAUCUGAGCCCGAUACAUCAAAUAGUUUCGGAGAAAUUAUCUUACAAAAACUAAAAACUUCCCAAAGAUAGUACGGAGUCAUUAACGUCUUUGCCACCCAGCAAUUUCGCAGUUUUCGGUAGCUGCUCUUUCCCUUCGUAUUACUUGCAAGGAGCUGAAAAUUGCACAAAUUUCUCAAAUUAACCAACUCUAUCAAUUACAGAGUAAUGCUGCGCACUAGUCCACUAUCCAUUUCACAAGUUGAGUAAAAUCACUCCAUACAGGUUCUUGAAAGGCCACCAUUGUUACCGGACUAGCCGGCUUCUUUCAACCUCAUCUAACUGUGUUAUUUUUUCCUAUUUUUGUAGUUUUCUCUGACCCCUCUUCAUCUUGCCUGUUGGUAUGGACAGGAAUCUGUUGUCAAACUGUUGUUGAAACAUGGUGCAAACGUCAACGCCAAAGACAGAGUGAGUUGGUGAACGUUUUUACUUUGAGUAAUAUAGUGCCGUGAGAUGGGUGCCACAAGGAAGAAAACGUUUUGUGUUUAAUGUUCCAUUGCGCAGGCAAAUACAUUUGCUCUAGUAAUUCUAUCUCUGGUAUCCAUAAGUCCCUGCCACCUGUUUCAAUUCACCAGAGUUGUUAUGUUACCUCCUUAACUCCUACAUAUUUAAGCUCCUUCUCCAUUAUGGCUCCUACACCAAUUAAGUUAAUAAGCCACUUUUCAACUGUCAAAGGGUGUUUGAUGAAUUUUUGUACACUGGUAACAGAAAAUGAAUGAGGGGACUACUACCAAUUACAUGCACUUACCUAUCAAGUCAUUUAAAGAAUUAAAGAGCAACAACAACAACGAAAAAAAGCUUAGUUUUCGCAAGAUAACCACUGAGUCGUUUUUUGUUUUUGUUGUCAGGGCUGUCAAUAAGGGCCGGUAGCCGACCAAAACCGCCGGCUAGUUAGCCAUCCUUAGCCGGCUACUUUCAUAUCCUUCUACCAUAACUGCUAACAAAAAAUAAGCACCAUCGAAUAAAAUUGUAAAGCAUCCGUUUCCCAGUUUUGAAUGACACUGAACGUUAUUUACCCAGGUUUAGAUCUGUGAAACGUUCGAACCGUGCGAUGUCGAGGAACGCGUGGGACAUUUCGACGGCAUUGUUCCCAGUCUUGCGUGUAUUCUGACGAAACAACAUGGUGUCUGCGAUGGAAAAUACCUCUUGAAAACCCCUGGAAAUGACACUUCCGAGACUCCAAAUUUCAAAAUGUGCCUAGAUGCCUCGGCCCUCAAGAGUUUGUGGCUUUGGUGAGAGUUCCAAUGCCGCCUACUUAAUUCAUUAUCAGCCUACUACUUAAAAACUUUUUGACAGCCCUGGUUGUUGUUUUUUAAGGCUUGCAUUAGAUCUUGUUAUAAAAAACUAUUAAUUUAGCCCACACUACAACACCUACGUCCAGGACUGAACGCCGAUGCCAUUUUUUCCAUUGCUUGCUCUGUAAGUUUUGUAGUCAGAAGUACGUUCAUAUAUGCUGAGGAGACAGAGGUAUACGGUGUGCUGUGGUGAAUAGCAGGUGGUAAUUAACGCGUAUUACUCUGUUAUAAUGGUUUUAGUUUCAACGUACACCUCUGCAAAAAUCUGAACGACAAGAACACCACUCCAUAGUGCAGUUGCUUCUGAAGAAUGAUGCCAAGCCAAGUCUUCAUCAACCAGUAAGAUAUCAGAUUGUAUGUGCUUCUUGCCAAGCGUUUUCUUUCAGAUUGUAUGUUCCUAUGUCCUUCUUGCCAAAUGUUGUCUUUAAGGUGUUACUCCUUACAUUUGUUAUAUUCUUUGUUCAUAAUUGUGAACUUUACAGUCAGACUUACACAUAUCGUAUGAACUUUUAUCCAAGCUUUUAUCGCGAACACCUUAUAUUUGUUCUUAUGUACACGAACAUUAUUUUUAACCAUUAAUAGCCGACAACAGCAAAGGUCGAGUGUCUGUCCGCUUAAUAAAGGUUUUAUGGUACAUUUUAUUUAUUGGUUAGUGAAUGUCCAUGGUUCUGGCGUUGCGUCUUAUGCACAUGCGGUCUCUGAAUGGGUGAAUAACAUAUAUUUAGAGUUAUUAACAAAAUGGUGCUGAAAGACUCGCAUUUGUAUUUUUAAGAGGCCCACCCUUAUAUUACUUUUGACGCCAUAUAUUUUAACCAUAGCAACCAGCCACCAUCACAUGUUGUGUUAAAUGUGUCCAUUUGCAAUAAGAAUACAGUGAAUUCCUGUUAAUCUAUUAUCUGCAAAAGUAAGUGGCAAAUGAAUUUCCUCUUUAUUAUUUUCGCUCAAAACAUGGUCAUUUUCAUCAUAGGUCUGUCUAAAGAAACUCACAAGAAAAGCUUUCUUGCAAGUGGAUGAACAAUCUGGAUUUAAUCUACUCCAGGCGGCUGUCUUUGUAGAAAAAUACAACAUUGUUUUAGAAGCUAGUGGCCUUCUUGACAACUUUGUCAAAGAGAUGGAACUUACAAAAACGGGGGAAAACGCCAACGAAUUUGUAGGGAAAACCGCAGUUGACUUCUUGUCACUUAGAAAGAGAUCAAACCCAUUUCAUCCUGCUAUUAAAAGGAUUUAUGAAAAGUUGGCUGAGGACAAGAGCGGACUGACUGAGCUACAGUGGGCUACAUGUAAUGAUGAUGUGGAACAUGCAGUUGAACUUGUAUUAAAUGACUGUGUAGAUGUUAAUGCCCCAGGAUCAGACAAUGAUUGGACAGCUUUGUUGCAGGCGAGUUGUUCAUCCUCAAGUCAGUAUAUUGAGACCCUCAUUGAUCUUGGGGCUGACGUUAAUGCCCAAACAAGAAAAAGAAAAGAAACUCCUCUAAUAUUAGCAGCUGACUGGCACAACUACCUGGCAGCAAUCUUAAUUGUAAGGCAUGGAGCAAAUGUUAAUGUUCAUAUUGGUAAUGGGUUCACGCCACUGCACGUUUCAGCCAAUAAAGGUCAAGAAAACCUCGUCAGAUUGUUGCUUAAACACAACGCAAAUGUAAAUGUUCAAGAUAAUGCUGGAUGUACACCCUUGCACGAUUGUGCCUCAGCGGGGAACGAAAACCUCUGUAGAUUGUUGCUUGAACACAACGCCGAUGUAAAUGUUCAAGAUAAAGAUGAAUAUACACCCUUGCACUGGUGUGCCAGAAAGGGUAACGAAAACCUCUGUAGAUUGUUACUUGAACGCAACGCGGGUGUAAAUAUUCAAGAUAAAGGUGGAUAUACACCCUUGCACUGGUGUGCCUUAGCGGGGAACGAAAACCUCUGUAGAUUGUUGCUUGAACACAACGCAGAUGUAAAUAUUCAGGAUGAAGAUGGAUAUACACCCUUGCACUUGUGUGCCAGCGAGGGUAACGAAAACCUCUGUAGAUUGUUACUUGAACACAACGCAGGUGUAAAUAUUCAGGACGAAGAUGGAUAUACACCUUUGCACUGGUGUGUCGAAAAGGGUAACGAAAACCUCUGUAAAUUGUUACUUGAACGCAACGCGGGUGUAAAUAUUCAAGAUAAAGGUGGAUAUACACCCUUGCACUGGUGUGCCUUAGCGGGGAACGAAAAUCUCUGUAGAUUGUUGCUUGAACACAACGUCGAUGUAAAUAAUCAAGAUAAAGGUGGAUAUACACCCUUGCACUGGUGUGCCUUAGCGGGGAACGAAAACCUCUGUAGAUUGUUGCUUGAACGCAACGCCGAUGUAAAUGUUCAAGGUAAAGAUGAAUAUACACCCCUGCACUGGUGUGCCAGAAAGGGUAACGAAAACCUCUGUAGAUUGUUACUUGAACGCGACGCGGGUGUAAAUAUUCAAGAUAAAGGUGGAUAUACACCCUUGCACUGGUGUGCCUUAGCGGGGAACGAAAACCUCAGUAGAUUGUUGCUUGAACACAACGCAGAUGUAAAUAUUCAGGAUGAAGAUGGAUAUACACCCUUGUACUUGUGUGCCAGCGAGGGUAACGAAAACCUCAGUAGAUUGUUACUUGAACACAACGCAGGUGUAAAUAUUCAGGAUGAAGAUGGAUAUACACCUUUGCACUGGUGUGUCAAAAAGGGUAACGAAAACCUCUGUAGAUUGUUACUUGAACACAACGCGGAUGUAAAUACUCAAGGUAAUCGUGGAUAUACACCCUUCAACUGGAGUACUAGAGAGGGUAACGAAAACCUCUGUAGAUUGUUGCUUGAACACAACGCGAAUGUAAAUACUCAAGAUGAAGAUGGAUAUACACCCUUGCACUGGAGUACUAGAAAGGGUAACGAAAACCUUAGUGGAUUGUUACUUGAACACAACGCCGACGUAAAUGCUCAAGAUCACCGUGGCUAUACACCCGUGCACUGGAGUAUCAGAAAGGGUAAAGAAAACCUCUGUAGAUUGUUACUUGAACACAACGCGAAUGUAAAUACUCAAGAUGAAGAUGGAUAUACACCCUUGCACUGGUGUGCCUUAACGGGGAACGAAGACCUCUGUAGAUUGUUACUUGAACACAACGCGGAUGUAAAUACUCAAGAUGAAGAUGGA